GUUCCUGGCGCACUCCACCGAUCAUUCUCUUGUCCUCUGCGAGGUUUUUUUAGUUUGAGCCAGAGAUUGCAUUGCAGUUACAUAUUCGCACGCCUCAUCGCGGGCACGCUGCAAGCGGAAACAUGAAUUAAGAGUAGAUCGAACCACUUCGUGGCACUCAGAGUUUGAUCUAUUUUACUAAGCGUCGAGGUUUCGCUUCGUGGGGCGGAAUUUCUUUCUUGGGUAGUGGGUUUGGCCCAUGCUUUGGUUGCAGAGGUCGUGGGAGAGAGUGUAGCUUGCUGCAAGAUUUUUUGGUGGCUUGAGAUUGGUUCGCAAUGGCGGAGGACGGAUACAAGCCCUGGUGGGCAAUAGACAAGGCAGCAUGGCGUGAGGUUUUUUCGCCAUUCUACAAGUUUGCGAGCAUCUCGGAGCGCCGCGACACGCCGUUGCCUCCCUGGAGCGAGUCCGACGUGCAGGAGUUUAUCAACUCUGACCCUGUCUACGGCCCGCAACUGAAGCUGGUGAGACAAGGUGCUACCAUCGCCAACGUUGGGGCACUUGUUGGAGGUCUGGCGACUGCAGGGAUAGCUCUCAGGUACUCAAAGAACCUUCCAGGAGCAGUAGGUGCUUUUCUUGGAGGUGCAGCUAUGAGCUGGGCGGUGGCAGAAGAAGGGGCUAACCUCGGGUUAGGACUUUACAAGUUCAACUGUAUGGAUACCAAUCUCAGGUUUUUGGACUGGUGGGAACGGAAACAAGCUUGAGUUCGGUCGGUCAGUCGCUCGGUCUUCUCUUUAAAAGAUCCCGUAAUAAUGAGGUUAGCAUCUGAUUACAGCCCACAUGCAUUGAUAUUAUGCUAGUUUUAUCAGGUACCAUUAAUCUGAUGUCCGUGUGAAUUCGCUCUGCGAGAACGCAAAUAAUUGGGUUGUGAAUGCACAUGGUCAGUUGGGACUUCUUAGUAAGAAUCCUGAAUGUAAGCAAUGGUGCUUUGAUUUGAUUAUGGACAUGAGUUGUUGGAAUGUCA